GUAUCCGAACGAUGACUACACCCAAUCCACCCGCCGCGUCGAGCUCAACGCCUCCAGCCAAUAGACAUGCUCUUACCGCCGUCGAAAAGCAGCGUAUGCAACUGGAAAAGCUACUCAAAGAUCCCACAAAGCCUGCAUUUUUGCCACCGCCUCCGAAGGAAAAAACAAUCCGUCCAGCCCGAGAAAUGAUGAAGAACGUGCAAGGAUCCAGCGCUGGUGCAGGAAGUGGCGAGUUCCAUGUCUACAAGGCCAGUAGACGGCGAGAAUAUGAAAGGUUGAAGCUCCUGGAAGAAACUGUGCAAAAAGAAACAGACGAGGCAAAUUUCGAGAGACGGAGGCAGGAAGCUGCGGCUGUGACGGAGGCCAAAACAGCUAAAAACCGCGCAAAGCGGCAGAAGAAGAAGGAGAGAUCGAAAGCGCAUGGCGCUCAGACUACAGAAUCGCUGGGAAAGGGUGGCGACGACGCUGCUGCUGCAGACGUGCCUAUAAAGAAACGGCGGCUUGUCAAUGGGAAGGAGUUGGUAUUCCGGAGACCAGGUGAAGGUAGCGACGAAGAGAACGAGGAUACCGAGCCUGUCCCGGGGCGAGAACCCCAGGACGUCCCACAGGACGUUCCUUCCAAUUUGCCACCGGUACUAGAUGAGCCCAAGAUCAUGAUACAUGAAGACGAUUAAUGUACGUCGCCUUCGGCGCGCCAACUUUUGUAUUAUAUACCAACAUUGCUCUUCUCAUUGCUGCUUGUGUCA